UUCUUUCUUUCUUUCUCUCCUUCUCUCUUCUCCUACUCUUUUUGUUUCUUCAUUCAGCACAUAGAGGGGAAACAGCAAAAAGUAAUAAUAAUACCAGUCCAAAUAAAACGACAUCUCGGACUGUGCUCUUUCAUCUUACAAAAAAAUUACCUCUCAUAAACUCCAAACUCAACUCACUCAACCUCAACCUCAACCAACUCACCACAAUGGCCUCUCGCCCUCAAAUCAUCGGCCCCGAAGCCGGCCCCGAAAAGCCCUACCCCUACAAAAUGGAAGGCAAAGUCAUUUCAGGCUUUGGCCGCGGUUCCAAAGAGCUCGGCAUCCCAACCGCCAACCUCCCCGUUGACGACGCCCUCACCCCCUGGAUCGCAAACAUCCCCUCCGGCGUCUACUUCGGCUACGCCUCCCUCGCCCUGCCCGCCUCCCACCCAGACAAGCCCCCUUCCUCCAGCGCGGCAGACGGCGCCUUUUCAGUCUUCCCCAUGGUAAUGUCCAUCGGCUACAACCCCUUUUACAAAAACACCGUCCGCAGCGCAGAGGUGCACAUCCUGCACAAGUUUGGCCACGACUUUUACGACGCCCACAUGCGCCUGCUGAUCCUGGGCUUCAUCCGCGAGGAAAAGGACUACAAGAGCCUGGAGGCGCUGAUUGAGGACAUCAACUUUGAUUGCGAGGUGGCCAAGAAGAGUCUGGCGAGGGAGGCGUGGGGGUGGGAUAAGGGAGUUGGGGAGGAUGCCGAGUGGUUUGUUAAGCCUUUAUAGAUUUUUGAUGUGCUGAAGCACUUUUUACAUGUUUUUUUUCUUUUCUUUUAAAAUACCAUUUCUUGUUUCAAAAGCAAGAAAGAAAUACGAGGUUACGGAUUUAUCAAUGUGUGGUGAGAGACAAGGCUGGGAUGGCACAACAUAGACAAGUCAAGUCAAGAGUAAGAGAGAAAAGGCGCAGCAAAAUGUCUUGGAUGAGAUAAAAUAUUCAAUAAAAAAGCCAUAAAGCAUUGCAGCACUA